CCUACGUCACCGCGCAAGGCGGUGCACUUCCUGCUUUCGGGUGAGAAAGUGUAGAAGAUUAGCCAACAUAGUUUAUUAAAUGCUUCUUUCAUCUGGCAGACGACAUUGGGCGGGCGCGAUUCGUUUGACGAUUACUCUGUUCGGACUCCCGUUUACCGUCUGCACCCUUGGAGCAAAUAAACACAUCAAACCUAUUUGUGGGGAUUAUUGUAAGCUUUACACCACCAGUAUCGGGACCAUGCCCUCCUCAGCAGCCCCUCAUUUAAAGUCCAGAUGUCCACAGUAUCCUAAGUCCACCAUCGAGCGUUUUCCUGUACCUGAUGACAAGGUGGACUGGAAUCAGAACUGGCCCCAGUAUGACCCAGUGAGCUACACUGCUCCAGUUGUUUUAAAGAAACCUUUCUGGGCUGAUCCUGAGAUUGGUUCCUUCUCUCCAAAGUUCAAUGCUGUGGAUGGUACUGUGGACAGGACGGGCUUUGAGGGAAGCUAUAAAGUGGAAAAUGGGAAGCCAUUAAAUCCUUUUGGACGCACUGGUAUGACUGGAAGAGGUUUGCUUGGACGAUGGGGACCCAACCAUGCUGCUGAUCCCAUUGUCACAAGAUGGAAGGUAGAUGCCAGCGGAGCUAAGAUUCAUCACCCAGCCUCCACAAAGCCCAUCCUACAGUUUGUGUCAAUCAAGAGGAAAGACUGUGGGGAGUGGGCCAUUCCAGGGGGAAUGGUGGACCCAGGAGAACAGAUUUCCCUCACGUUGCAGCGGGAGUUCUCGGAGGAAGCCCUGAACUCGCUUUCAUUGAAGCAGUCGGAGAAAGGUGAAAUCCAACAACGCAUCAAACAACUCUUCGACUCAGCAGGGUUUCAGGUCUACAAAGGCUAUGUUGAUGAUCCAAGAAACACUGACAAUGCCUGGAUGGAGACGGUCGCUGUCAACUUUCAUGAUGAAGAGGGCAACAGCGUGAGCGCGCUGCCUCUGCAAGCUGGCGAUGACGCAGGAGAAGUCCAGUGGGUGGACGUGGACUUGUCCUUCGCCCUCUAUGCAAACCACUCCCACUUCUUGGAACUGGUUGCCAGAGAGAGGAACGCCCACUGGUAAUCCGAAGACAAAAAGCUCCUCUGAUGUAACAAUGAAGCAAAGCAGAGCCUCAAGAGCACUUGUCUAUUUAGCAAGCAUGGCCCUUGAUGGGAAUCUUUCCUCUCUAAUUUAUUCAUUAUAUUCUCUUAGUAAUAAUGGAAAACAUAAAAUGCAUUUAACAAGUCAGCAUGAUAACACAAACCCUAAAAAGACUUAAAUAUGCCUAUAUGUACAUACCAGCUCUUAAAUUACCUGUAGUUACAUCUUUAAAUCAAUUUUUAUUUUACAAUAAGCACAUUUCUCCUCCUGAAACUGGCAUAUUUCAUCUUUAGAUCAAAACGUUCUUAUAAAGUGAGCCACUGUUGGCUCCUUCAGUUUAGGAAAGUGUACAUUUAGUUAGGGUUGGCUUGAGUUCCUGGAUUUUAUGUUUUGGAACAUCUUUCUACCAGCUUUUCACAGCUAGAGACUGAGGUUUCGUCCCAUUCUUCUUUGCAAAAUAGCUCUGUCUCUAUAAACUGCACCCAUCAAGUCUCUACUCAGAUUUUCAGUUGGAUUUACAUCUGGACUUUGACUGGACCAUUCUAAUGCAUGGAAAUGCUUUAAAUAAACUAUUCCAUUGUAGCUUCAAA